UUUGUUGACAAGCUUGCGCUGUCAAAUCCUUAACUAAAACAAAAGUUGUGAUUUUUUUGCUAGAUCUGCUUUCAAUUAGUAUUAUUUAUAUAUCCUGAUAACUCCUGGAUUCCAACUAUGUCCAAGCCCGGCGAGAAAGCGCUCCAGGCCAUGAAGCAGCUGGACAAAGCGGUUGUGGUGUUCAAGAAACCAGCAGUGCCUAAAACCAAACGGGAGAAGAAAGUUAUUUUGAACGAGGAAAUUUAUCUGGAGGAAAUGGCGAAAAUUAUCCAGAGGGACUUCUUUCCAGAUUUGCAGAAACUGAAAGCUCAGAACGAAUAUCUAGAUGCCCUAGCCAGUAACGAUAUCAUUAAAUUGAGACAUAUUUUCUCCAAGUAUAACUCAAAAUCUCCACUGAUACGAGAACCGAGUCCAACCACCUUUGAAACUCCUUUGCCGAGUGCUUCGCUAGCUCCAGAUGAACCACAAUCGGUACGAUCAACGGCCAGUACUAGCUCGACCAGGAGUACCAAGUCCAUUGGAGAUAAACAUUCGUUGGAUAGUUUCUUACAACGGUACACAAGCGAGGAUAACGAUAGUUUCCAGGAGAUUAUGGAAGCGGCAGAUAAAAAGCUGAGGCAAAAAUUCUCUGUUCUUUACGAGGCCGAGAGCAUAAGCAAAGAAGGAAUGGAGAAAUGCCUUGCGCUACCUAGUAUAGAAAGUCAGUUUGGCAAGAAUGAAAAACCGAAGGAAUUGAACAUGUGGGCUUACAAGAACAAAAACUACAUUAUGUACAUCCCGGAUGGUGUCCAAUUGAGUCGGGAAGAGGAAAUCGAGAUGGCAAACAAAAAACAAGAAAUUGAACAUGGCAACACAAGACUCAAGGAAAAUCCUUUCAAUGACCAGGAGAGCAAGCAGACAAUCACUGAUGCUGCCAAAACUAAUGCCAAAUGUUUACCGGAAAAAAUAGGCGUUGAUGGGAAGCUGAUCGAAGCAUCUCUAACUCCGGCCGUUAGAGGGUUCAAUUUUGUUAAAAGUCCUUCACCUUGUCCUGGUGUCACCGAUAGUCCCCUUUUUACGUGGGGUGAAAUUGAAGGGACCCCAUUCAGAUUAGACGCUGGAGACACUCCAUUGCAACCUGCUGCAGCUGGGCCGUCUUUUCGAAUUGCAGAAACCUCCAAAAGGGAAACACUUGCCCUACAGUUAGCCGAAAAGGCAGCGGAACAGUCCCGAUCAAAAAAGGCAAAAGCCAUUGAAGCAGCACGUCGCAAUAUAGCAUCCCCAAUGAUUCGAAAUACUUACGAUCGGUUGGCCAGUAUGUCUCCGGCAGCUAGAAGACUAGCGUCUACUAAACUUGGUUUCAACCACACUCCCAGUCCUCUUAGGACACCCAGGGUAGGUGCAUCACCAAGUGUUAAAACGCCAAGACAACCGAUUGCUAGCCGAUCCAGACCUACACCGUCACCUUCGAGUAUGAUUCGACGGAAAACGCCUUUGGUGCAGCCAGGUACAAGCAGUAAAUCAAGCGGAAGUGAUAUUGCUAGUUCUCCUGUUACAUUAACUGAUAACUUACUGGAUAUUCCUUCUGCUGGCAAACGUCCAAAAGCUGCCGACUUUUUCUGAACUGCUUAUAUAUUACGCAUGUGUAAUAAAGUUAGGUGUAAAGCAUCUAAAUGUGGUUUGAAUUGUUCUAUCUGUGAAGUCCUUAGACAUUUGAUUCUGAAUUUAAGUACAGUGGUUUUUCGAAUUUAUCACGGUCAAACAAAAUUAACCGUGAAUAUGGCGAAACCGUGAAUUUGGUGAAACUGAAAAUUAAAGUGGGAAAAAGUAUUUUUGUUGUAUUUAUUAAAUAAUUUAUAAUGUUUUCAGUAGUGGAAACGUUUUGUAUCAAUAAAUUUUGAUCAUAAGAUCUAAUUAUCAAAGUUCACUUAAUACAAAGGAUCGAUUUCAGUUCAAAUUAUUCUUUUUUUUUUAAUUUCUUUAUUUGAAACGGCUCAUACCUUUAGGCUUUAAGGAGCCAAACUCGUUUUGUUUGAUUACAAUUGUGUGCUUAUAUCUAGUUCACUUUUUGAAGAAAAGAUAGAAGAUAGAUAGGGAAAUGUGAAAAUAAAAAGAAUUAUAGACGAAGAUCAAUAGCUUUUAGGAAAAGAUAUAUUUCGAACAUGUAGUCCAAGUCUAUCACAGCCAGCACAUCUCUCACUGGAACAUAGGGUGG